GCGAUUUGUUGAAAGAAAAAUAUUCAAUUCGAUCAUCUUGAGCUUCCAUUUUGUAUAAAUCGAAAUGAAAAUGUGGAUUGCUUCACUUGUCUAUGGAUUUUGUUGCUUGAUUUUUACCGCGAGUGCCCAAGGAAUGAACACAACGUCGGCGGAAGACACUGAUUAUGGUAUUAAUAAUGUUGAUGAAGAAGCAGUUUCUCACGUGGCAAGGUCGGUUACUGCUUCAAGUAGGCGAGUAGAAGCUUUCUACAGGAGGCCCACGUAUUCCAGACCUCUUCCAGAAUGCACGGCCCAGCAGGUGUGCAACGCUGUCUUCAUGAGGUUUAAAUUCGUGCAGCCGAAGUGCACGUGUCGCAGUUCCUACAAGAGUCCUUGUUCGACGCGGAUGCAUCCGAACGAUGGACACACCAUUAACCUCCUCACCGACAGAGACGGCAAAAAAACUCAGACUUUAGUAAAAGUCUGUGAAGAUGUGAACACCAUGAAGUACUGUGACAAACCCCAUGACUGGAUGCUUUUUGCAUUACAAAAUACUAGGACUGGAAAUGCUCAGUAUUUAGUCUUAUGCAAAUGUCCUUCAAAUGCGGUGAUGGAAGGCCCAGUACUUCAUACAAAGCCACCCUACGUGAGGAUACCUGGCAUCAGUGUAUAUGGAAUGCUAUGUGUCCAAGGAAGAAAUAGUAGACUACACAAACAAAGUUAUCCUCCAACACCUUGGGAUAAAAUCAGGGAAAUAUAUCACAGCAUGGUUCCCAGAAAAGGAAGAAUAUUUAGUUCUUUUGGUGAUAUGGGCAACUGAUAUGGACUGAUAAAGAAAGAAGGA